ACACUAUUUCCAUAUUCAGUAGAUAGCGAUCUUUUAUUAGCGAAUUUUGUAUAAUUAAAAAACACAAAUUAAAAUGUUGAAAAACAAAUUCUAAAACAAGAAAACAUAGUAAAACAUCUAUUCCGGCUAAGUUCGCCAACAUUUCAUCGAUUUUAAUCCAAAAAUCAUCAAGAAAUAAACAAAAUUCCAAAGAAAAUUUCAAAAUUUUUUAACAAAAAGAAAAAUAUAAAUUAAAUUAAAAAUAUUUUAAGUCAAGGCCUCUAGAUUUUGUAACUUGGAUUCUUUUGAAAAGAAAAAUAAGUUGCUAUCUCUAAAAAUCGACAUGGCUACAAGACUUCAACGCAGCAUAAUGGCCAUAAACAUACAAUUUUACAGUAAAUCGAAAAUUGUUAUAAAAACUUUAGGUUGCAUUGAGCUGACGGAGCGUCAUACAGGUAAAUAUAUUAAUUACUCAUUGCAGAUGAAAGCUCCCUUAAUGAAUUUGAAUUUAUAGCUGAGUAUCUUAAAGCCAAAGUUGAACAUGUUUUGGAGAGUUUUGGCGUCGAAAAGAAUCAAAUUUACACUAUUACUACGGAUAAUGGCCGGAAUUUGAUUAAAAUGGUGAGAUUAUUCGACGAGGAGAAUGAAAAUGAGCCUGAUCACACUAUCUCUAGUGACCCUGUUGGAGAAAUCUCUGUGUUCUCAGUACAGUCAGUGAAAUGUGCUGCUCAUUCCCUACAACUGGUUGUUAAGGAUUAUUUCGAUACGAUUAAUAAAGAUUUACUAAGGCGCGUUCGAGAUUUAGCGAAGAGCUUGCGGACUCCCACUUACAGGUUUGUUAUACACAAUAUGCAUGUGAUUGAUACUUUUAGACAAGUUUAAAAUUAUUUUAGGAGCAAGACUAAUAAUCUUAAUUUACCGCAAGUAUCCAUAGAUGUCCAGACUCGAUGGAAUUCUACGUACCUUAUGAUAAAAAGCUUAAUGGUCUACAAAUCCUUCUGUUUGAAAAAUGUCGAUGCCGCGCUUAAUUUAUGUCAGUCAGAAUGGGAAAAUAUUGAAGUAUUAUUAGCUCUCUUAGAGCCUGUAUAUGUCGCCACACAAAUGCUUCAAGAAGAGCAACUAUUUUUCAGCGAUUUUUUUAAAAUCGAAGCUUGAAAUUCAGACAAGGCCCAAUAGUUCUGAAUUUUUAGAAAAAUUAGAACGGCGUGAGAAAAUGCUGCUAAAUAACACAACUUUUCUCGCAUCUUUAUAUUUGGAUCCACGUCUUCAGUGCAUUUUAUCGAAGGAUCCUUUAAAAGUAAUGUGUGCUCGAACCCAUCUUAAAGAACUGAUCGUUCGGAUUUUGAGGUUGGAAAAGCAAAUAAAUAAUAACCAAUUCGAAGAUCUACCCUCGACAAGCAAGGAAGCUUUAGGAUCUUCACCAGAUGUUUUCCCAUCUUCGGUGAAUUUUUGCGAUACAUCUCAACCCCGAGAAUCGCUUUUGGGACAGUAUUUGAACACCUUAAUUGUAGAUAGGGAGCAAGAAAACGAAGAAAAUGACAAUGAUGAUGAAAAAAAGCUUUCUAUGAAAUCGAUAAUUUUUCUCCACGUCCUUUGUCGAUUGAUAAGUCCCUUUUUGAGUUCUGGGAAGCAAAAAAAAAAUACAUUACCCCUUCUUAUACAAAUUGGCAAUAACUGUACAGUGUGUUCCUGCAACACAGGUUAGCGUGGAAAGAGCGUUCUCUGCUCUUAAAUUGGUAUUAAGUGACCUGCGUUCAAAUCUUUCCGCAGAAAAUUUGGAAAAAAUUAUGUUUGUUAAAUUAAACAAAUAAUUAACCAAACAUAUUAUAUCAGAUAUAUUCAAUAAAAUAAGAGACUGAAAAAAAUAAAGAAAAAUUGUUUAAUUAUUUGACGGAAAAAAUAAUAGUCCCCAAAUGAGUUUUAUUUUUUGAUGGAAAAAAUAAAACUCCUCAAAUAAUUUUUAUUUUAUGACGAAAAAAUAAAACUCAUUUUUUAACUGUUUCAAUCAGACUUUUAUUUUUCCGUUAAAAAAUAACUGUUAUUUAAGGAGAUACGAUUUUUAUUUUAAAUCAUCACAUAUUCUGAAAAAGCACUUUAAUACGAGUAUAUUGGUAUAUAAUAGUAUAGGUCUACGUUGACUCCAAUAUAGAGAUUUUUUGGGUUAAAAAUUUCAGAAUAACUGUUAUUUACAGUCCCUGUUCUUUUCACUUCUUUGGAAGUCAAUAAACACCACUUCCACAGAAGGUAAAUAAAUUCAGUUAGUGCCACUUUUGAAGUGGUAAAAAAUGUUAUUCUUUUGGAAGUAUAUCGUUUUAUUUUUGCUGGGGCACCUCUAUAGUGGGGAGGGUAUUAUGCGUUUGUACCAAAAAUAUUGGUGCUACACCCACCAUUAAAUAUACCAAUCGGCUCAGAAUCGCUUUCGGAGUCGAUUACGGAUUAUGUCCGUCCGUUUGUGUCCUUGCAAUUUAAUCGAAAUUUGGCACAUACUCUUCUUUUGACCCAAGGACAAACGCUAUUGAAAAUGGCUGAAAUCGGUCCAUUAUUUCGCCUAUCCCCCAUACAACCGUACCCCCCCGAAAAGGGCUUUCAGGUUCAUAAUUUUGUAAAAUCUUUAACUAUGUCAACAAAUGACUUGAAGAUCAAAAAUUCACAUAUAAACACUAAUAACACGAUUAAAUUGUACAUAAAUAAUGUUGAAGUAGACGUAAACAACUCACUGGUGUAGGGUAUCAUAUUAGUCGGGCAUUCACUCUUACCUGUUUUAAUUAGAUUUAGAGCUCAUUUAAGGUUGAUUUCAAGGAAAUCCUUUAA